AUUCUGUAACUGCCAUCAGCAGAAAGAAAACUUUAUCUCUUACGCAUUGUCAAAUUGCAUGUUGAUUGACUGAUUUCUGCAACAGAAUCAUGAAGAUUCCUAAAGAGGUUCAGUGCAGAACGUGCUCGCAAGUGUUUUGCUGCGCCAAAUGUCGCGAGAAACACGAAGACCAGAAUCAUAAGGAAAUAAAAGCAAUUCGGCAAAUUUGCUACAUCUGUAACAGUCGACCGUUUCCGCUGAGAAUUGAUACCAAAAUAACACCAAGCAAUUUGCUUAUCGAACACAUCCUAAAGGAACACUUGCCCUUACGCUGCAACCGAUGUACCAAGAUAUUCCACACGGCUGCUGAUUUCAAAUCGAUAUCUCGCUGUUUAACUAACAAUGAUCGGGGCGAAAGUGGUGCUCCAGAUGUUGUCUGUCAGUUAGAAGGUAGUGACACCAAAAUAACAACUAUAAAAGAGGUAACUAUCGAAAAUGUCAAUAUUCCCGUGCAGGAAUUAGAGAACAAAGAAAAUGUGAACGACAACUGCAGCGUCGACUCGUCCGAUCAUUCAGCUGAACACAAAGGAGAAGUUCGUCAAACAGCUAUCAAGAUUGUGAAAGCUUCUACCGCAACAUUGGGCACACCGCAGAUAUCCAAAGAAGUUCGAGCCAUCAGCGACCCGAUCGAGGACAUUGGUGACAUAAACAAAGCUAUGUUAACACCUCUGUCCAUGAUCAACUUGCGUUGGAAGCGAAAAAGUCGGCAGAGCUUCGAUAGUAUGCUGUGCACUACAUCUAACAUAUCCGCUGUGAAUGCUUCUUCGGAGGAUGGACCAUUUAGUCCCAACAAGAAGUUGGUUCGAACCACUUCCACUCCGAUGAUGCAUGGCUGUUUAUUAAAUAGGAAAACUAUGGUGAAUGAAUCCUACACAAGUGCAAUAGGACACAUGUCCAGCAUUCGUCACAGCAAUAGCAGUAGUGAAUCUGAAUCUAAGCCAGGAGAUCCUACGCCGCCAUCAUCAGCUUCCUAUGAAAUACCUCCUAAACUUCGUGGCAUGCAUCGGAGCCGGUCACGAGUAUUAGCCACACCUCUGAGGCAGGUUAUGUCAAAAAGUAUCCAACGGGCGAUUGCACAACAUGGUUAUUAUUCCAAGAUACUGGCUCCGAGGACACAGCGCAAAAUGAGCUUCAAUUCGACUAACAGCAGUGGCCUAAAUAGCACUUCCGAUUCGUCUUUGCGAGAGGCAGCAUUGGAUCUUCGUACGACUCCGGUAUUAAAACGAGCUUCCAGCGAAUCAGCCGUCACCAGAAUUCCAGAAUUCGGCCCACACAGAACUACCAAACUAGUUUGCUCUCCUAAAAAGAUAAACGAAGAAUCGUCAUGGGCUAAAGAAGCGAGUUCUAAUUAUCACGAUGCGCGGCAAACUUUGGAAACUAGCAGCGAAAUAAUCGAUCAGGAAAACCGCGAUAACCAGCGAAUAGACGAAGAAAGUUUGAUAGUCCAUCGCAGAACAGAAUCGAAAACAUCUCACAAUUACCAGGAUACUCCGAAGGUGACUGGUGGAAUUCUGAAGAAAGCUAUCACAUUUGCGACACCAGAAAUGUCACGACUUAAAAAAUGCACAGAUGAUGACUUAGAGGAAGAUAAAGAUGAAAUUUGGGCAACCCCCUGUGCCGUUCCGCGGAGUUUUAGUUGUUCCGCGCUAUUAGAUUCGCGUUUAGAUUCAAUUAUGACCGAAGAUAAUAGCGAGGCCUCCGGCUCGGAUGAUGUAUUCAUGCCCCCAUCAAAGACUAUAUCCGCUCAACAGCAUAAACUAGUUUCACAACCAAUACCCAGCACAGGAAGAUUAUGGACAAUAGUGACAAACGUUGUACGUCUUGCGAGCCGUAGUGACAUCCAGGACGAGUUCACCGCAACGGGAUCCGCCGCGUCUGGUAGCUCAGAGGGGGAUGGUAAAGUUUCGUCUACUUUGUUGAAAAAAGCAGCUUCUUUCGCCGGAUUUUUGAAGGAUCACUUCCCAGUUCCGCGGGCCAUUCGAUCGCAAUCACAGCGCAGUAAUUCUUCGUCCGGGUCGGAGGAAUUUGCGGUACCGCGCAGUCAGGAAGCAGGAACUAGUCUCAAACGGCGACGAACCGCUUCACGCUACACCCGGCCGUACGAGUUCAUGGGCAAUCCUGUCGCAACUCAUGGACUCACCGGUUCCAGUCCACUGGCUAAAAGAGUCAAACGAAUUCAAGGAAGACAACCUAUCGAACGCAUGCGAAGUAACAGCAGAAGCGGCAGCAGUGCAAGCGAUAUUUAACGAUCGAGUGAGCCAAUUUAUGGAGCACAGUUUUGUUUAAUACCAAAGUGAGAGCUCAAAUUGUUGUGGAGCUAUUUUCGGCUUCCUUUAACAGUAAACAAUCAUGUUAGGAAUGUUAUAUGAAGCGAAUUGAUAAUAGUAUUGCUUAUAAUUCUUGCUAUAUAGUAGAUGUAAAGUGCCAUUUCAAU